GUUUGAGGCGUUUGAGGCGUUUGAGGCGUUUGAGGCGUUCGAGUCGGAUCGAAGCGAUAAACCAUUCUCCUACACUAAUAAUAAAUCUUCGAUCUAAAGAUCUAUAGGCUUUAUUGAUUACGGGAUAUCGGGAAGCAUUACCGGCCGAUUAGGCUCGAACUCUUAUUUUUAGAUUGGAGGUUAGAGUCGAUUUUCCAAUACGGUGGCACUCGUGUUUUGUAAAUACGCUGUAGUAUUGUCAAAAACAUAACCUACAAUACGUUAAGAGGUGUCGCUUGUAUUUGUUAACAGAUUAGUUAGCGAUCAUGAGUAAGUAUAGAAGAAAAGAGUCUUCGAGCGAAGAUAGCGAUAGCGAGGAAGAACGGCGGAAAAAAGAUAUUAAAGAAAGAGAUGAAUUUGCUAAUCGUCUUAAAGUUAAAGAUGAAAGUAAAACGAGAAAAUUGGCAUUACCUGCUGGUUCUGGAGCUGUCGAGGCUGCAAAGAGGCUCAAAAUCAUGGAAGAGGAGUCGAAAGAGAAACUUGUCCCAAAGUUACGUGUAGAGUCGAGAAGGAAAUAUUUGGAAAAGCGUAAAGAGGAUAAGGUAGCCGAAUUAGAAGCGGAUAUAAUAGAUGAUGAGUACUUGUUCAACGAGGAAAUUUUGACGGAUCGAGAGAAAAGGGAGCGAGCUCAUAAGAAAGAGUUGCUACGAUUGGCCAAAGAGCAUGAAAAAGCGCGAGAACUUGAAAGAAUCCAAAGGUAUCAUAUGCCACUUGAAAAUGGCAAAGCCGAGCCAGAGCAAGAUUAUAAGGAUAAAGAGCCACCCCAGUCGGAACAGAGCAAAUGGGAAUCGGAUCAAAUGUCUUCUGCGGUAUUCAAAUUUGGCGCUAAAGAUAAAAAAGUUCAGGAAGUGUAUGAACUACUUUUGGAAGACGAAGUUGAGUUUGUUCAAGCGCUGCAAAUGCCCGGUGACAAAAAAGUGAAGAAAACUGAAGCAAUAUCUAUGGAACGUAAGUUAACUUCUAUAGAAGAAACCCAAAAGAGCUUACCCAUUUAUCCAUUUAAAAAGGAAUUGGUCGAAGCGAUUAAAAAUCAUCAGAUAUUGAUUAUUAAAGGAGAAACUGGUUCUGGUAAAACUACGCAAAUACCUCAAUAUCUGUACGAAGCUGGAUUUACUAAGGAUGACAAAUUAAUUGGAUGUACACAACCGCGAAGAGUCGCAGCAAUGUCCGUUGCUGCUAGAGUGGCUCAUGAAAUGGGUAUUAAGUUAGGAAACGAAGUUGGUUAUGCUAUUCGAUUCGAAGAUUGUACAUCUCAUCGUACUCGAAUAAAGUACAUGACCGACGGUACGCUGCAUCGAGAAUUUCUCAGUGAACCAGAUCUGGCCUCCUACAGUGUAAUGAUUAUCGACGAAGCUCAUGAAAGAACAUUGCACACCGAUAUUCUUUUCGGUUUAGUGAAAGAUAUAGCGCGUUUUCGCUCAGAUCUUAAAUUGCUAAUAUCAUCAGCUACCUUAGACGCGACGAAGUUCAGUGAAUUUUUUGACGAUGCUCCAAUUUUUCAAGUGCCAGGAAGACGAUAUCCCGUUGAUAUAUUUUAUACGAAGGCGCCCGAAGCUGAUUAUAUAGAUGCAGCUGUAGUUUCUAUUUUACAAAUACACGCAACGCAACCAUCUGGUGAUAUUCUUGUAUUUUUGACAGGUCAAGAAGAGAUUGAGACUUGUUUUGAAAUGCUUCAAGAAAGAGUUCGAAGAUUGGGUAGUAAAUUGGGCGAACUCCUAAUUUUGCCAGUUUAUGCAAAUCUCCCUAGUGAUAUGCAAGCUAAAAUCUUUAUGCCAACACCAGCUGGAGCACGAAAAGUGGUUUUAGCUACGAACAUAGCAGAAACUUCACUGACUAUAGAUAACAUUAUUUACGUUAUUGAUCCUGGCUUUGCCAAACAGAGUAAUUUUAAUUCACGUACGGGUAUGGAAAGUUUAAUGGUUGUUCCUAUUAGUAAGGCAUCAGCGAAUCAACGAGCAGGAAGAGCUGGACGAGUAGCUCCUGGAAAGUGCUUUAGGUUAUACACCGCUUGGGCUUAUCAGCAUGAAUUAGAAGAAAACACUGUGCCGGAAAUCCAGCGAAUUAAUUUAGGCAAUGCUGUAUUAACUUUAAAGGCUCUGGGUAUAAACGAUCUCGUGCAUUUUGAUUUUCUGGAUCCUCCGCCUCACGAAACAUUAGUAUUGGCGCUAGAACAGCUUUACGCCUUGGGUGCGCUUAAUCAUCACGGUGAACUAACGAAGCUCGGAAGAAGAAUGGCCGAAUUUCCGGUAGACCCGAUGAUGGCUAAAAUGCUACUAGCAAGUGAAAAGUAUCGCUGUUCCGAGGAAAUUUCGACAAUUGCCGCUAUGCUAUCUGUGAACGGUGCGAUCUUUUAUCGACCUAAGGAUAAAAUCAUCCACGCGGAUGCUGCUCGUAAAAACUUCAAUGUACCGGGCGGUGACCAUCUCGUUCUUCUAAACGUUUAUAAUCAAUGGCAGCAGAGUGACUACAGCACCCAUUGGUGUUAUGAAAAUUUUAUUCAACACAAAUCAAUGAAAAGGGCUAGAGACGUGAGGGAGCAAUUGGUGGGAUUGAUGCAACGCGUUGAAAUGGAUCUCGUAUCCGGCAUUACAGAAACAAUUAAUAUAAGAAAAGCCAUCACUGCCGGCUAUUUUUAUCACGUGGCUAGAUUGUCAAAAGGAGGGCAUUACAAAACAGCCAAGCACAAUCAGACAGUGUCGAUACAUCCAAAUAGUGGGCUUUUUCAAGAGCUGCCGCGAUGGGUUUUAUAUCACGAAUUGGUAUUUACGACAAAGGAAUUUAUGCGCCAGGUGACAGAAAUCGAAUCUAAAUGGCUGCUAGAAGUCGCACCCCAUUAUUACAAAGCUAAGGAGCUGGAAGACUCGACUAAUAAAAAAAUGCCAAAAGUAGCGGGUCGCGCUCAUUUGGAUGGGACAAACUGAAGUACACAAUAGCUUAUUUAUUUUGUACAGUUUUAGUAAAUCUUAACGAUAAAGCAAAUUGUAAUAUACAU